AAUGGCUUCAAAUGUCAUUGCAUGUCUGAGUCCCACCAGAGGCAAUUGCUGCUGGCUUCUGAAAAUCCUCAGCAAUUCAUGGAUUACUUUUCUGAGGAGUUCCGAAAUGAUUUCCUAGAACUGCUCAGGAGGCGAUUUGGAACAAAGAGAGUCCACAAUAAUAUUGUGUACAAUGAAUAUAUCAGUCAUCGAGAACAUAUCCACAUGAAUGCCACACAGUGGGAGACAUUGACUGAUUUUACUAAAUGGCUGGGGAGAGAAGGUCUUUGCAAGGUUGAUGAGACUCCAAAAGGCUGGUAUAUUCAAUAUAUUGAUAGGGACCCAGAGACUAUUCGCAGGCAACAAGAACAAGAGAGGAAGAAGAAACAGGACCUUGAUGAUGAAGAAAAAACUGCUAAAUUCAUUGAACAACAAGUUAGAAGAGGUUUGGAAGGGAAAGAACUGGAAAAGCCAGUCUAUACUGAACUGAACAGAGAAAGUGAAGAAGAAAAAGUUACAUUUAAUUUAAACAAAGGAGCAAGUACUUCAAUAGCAGCAUCUUCUAAAACAAGCAGUGUCCUUGGACCGAAUGCACUGAAGAUGGUGGAAGGGGCAGUUAAAAGAAAAGAAUCAGCUCAUAGCUCUGGUCAGUCCAAAGAGAAAAAGAAGAAAUCUGCACUGGAUGAGAUUAUGGAGCUUGAAGAGGAGAAGAAAAGAACAUCUCGAAGAGACUACUGGUUGCAGCCUGAAAUCAUUGUAAAAAUUGUAACAAAAAAGCUUGGAGAGAAGUAUCACAAGAAGAAAGCAGUUGUUAAGGAAGUGAUUGACAAAUAUACAGCAGUUGUGAAGAUGAUUGAUUCUGAAGACAAACUGAAGCUUGAUCAGACACAUCUAGAAACUGUAAUACCAGCACCAGGCAAGAAAGUGAUGGUGUUAAAUGGUGGUUACAGGGGAAAUGAAGGCAUCUUGGAAUCUAUCAAUGAAAAGAGGUUUUCAGCGACGAUAAUCAUCGACUCUGGACCUUUAAAAGGACGGCGGGUUGAAGAUAUCCAGUACGAAGACAUUUCCAAACUCGCCUGAGGUGCUAAUCAUGGAUCAGAGAAGAUUUUGGUUCCCAAAAACAUCUUUCUGGCAUCUUGCAGGCAGACACAAGACUCUACCAUGUCAGGGUUUUAAUUGUGUGUGUGUACGUAUUUAUAAUGUAUAUAGAAAUUAACCACAAGCAAACUGGGUUUAUUUAAAGAUCACUAUGGAUUUGUUACAUAAAGUGUUUGUGGAAAUCUUAUCAGUGGAAAUACUUCAUCUGAUUCUAUACCAAAGUUAUGUUAUAAUAUUUGGUUCAAUUUCCUUUUGUAAAAUAUAGCAGAUAGCUGCAAGCUGGAGUAUUUUAUUUACUGAAGUAUGUUAGCAGUUCUGUAAGAGAGAGAAUUACCUACAAAUAGCUGCUUGAGGCAGGCAGCGUGUGUCGGAGCCAGUGGAGUUUAAACAACACACUUCUCAAUCUGCAGCCAAAAUUGAGUUCUGGCUGCAGGAACAAGGACAGGG